AUGCUCCAGCUGAUAUACUUGUUCCUAUCUGUCGGCCUCAAGCAUUGCAUUGUUUCCAGGUGCGAAGGCUGCGACGCGGCCAUGGCAGCAGGGGCCCAGGGUUCGAUGCUGGAAGGACCCACAGGAGAAAAUGGCGACAGCAGGGCGUCUCGGAGAGGGGCUCGCCUGUCGGACGUGUUCGGUGCGUGGGUGAGGGAGCUGUGCGGCAGCCGGCUGCCCUCGGAGGGCGUGGCCCUGGUGCCCCGCCGCCUGAGGCCCUCCACCAGGCCCAGCGAGGUGCGCCGCACGGUGCGCUUCUCCGAGAGCACAGUGCUGCCCCCGGACUCGCCGCUGCUGCCUCCGCCCCCGGAGAUGAUCACGCCGCCCCCCAUCCCGACGCCAGACUCGGCCACCAGCGACGACGGCGGCGGCGCCGGGGGCGGCGUCACUAAGUUCUUCCCGUCGUCGCCUCCCCCAGUCCCAGCGACCAUCCCGCCGCCCCCAGAGGAGGAGCUGGCCGUGGAGGCGGGCAGGCACUCGGACGACGACGAUGACGCGGCGUCGACGGCGCUCCGCCGGGACAACAGGCUCAUCUCGGCCGCCAGGUCGGAGGGCGAACUGUGCUGUGUCCAGAGCGAGACAGAUGAUGAUGACGAGGCAAGCAUCAGCAGCACGGCCAGUAUUCGCAGGACCAUCGAGAGGAAUGCGCUGAGGAGGAGUCUGCUCAGGUACGAGCCCGGGUCGCGCGGCGUGCACCCCAGCCGGCGGGCCCACGGUUCGAGCCACGGCGCCUCCGAGGAGUCUCUGGUGGAGCGCAUUCGCCGCCUCACCUGCGACCUGGACGGCGAGGAGUCCGCGCCGCCUGCCAGCAAGGACGCGGCGACGGACACGGCGGAGAUGGACGAACUGGACGAGCUGGAGGAGGUGUCUGCAGGGAGGGUGAUGCCGCCAAGGGCGAGCCCCCCGGGGGCGGAGGCCCGCCACACGCCGCCCCCACCGGACGCCCCCGCAGUCCCCGCCGCCCCAGCCGCCCCCAGCACCAAAGCAGUACCGCCUCACCCCAUCACCAAUGCUGUCGUCACCAAAGCUGCCUCAUCGCCCUCAACCGCGUCGUCGUCGACCUCUGAAGGCCGCAAGCAGUUCCUGUCGACACUAGCGCCGCUGGCGGCGUGCGUGUCCGCCGGAGCUGCUGACGCCGAGCUCUACGCACCCUCCGCCACGCACCAGCAGCCGGACCUGCACUCUCUGCAUGGGGUGUACAGAGGUCAGCCCGGGGACCGCAGCUCUGUGGCGAGCAGCUGCGCCACCGCCUACAGCCUGGGCGACAUCGACGAGGCACUCGACGGCACCCAACCACAGCCAGACCUGGUCGCCGGCACCACCACAACUGCCACCACCACUACAGAGGGGGGCGGCAUGCCACCCCCAGGGGCAGUGGACGAGUUGGCGCUGUUCGUGCAGCAGGACGCCGGCCGCAUAGAGCGGCUGCGGCGGCGCUACGGCGGGGGCGACGAGGACCGCGAUGACGACUACGGCUUCCAGCGGCGGCCGUCCGUCCGAGGCAUCAAGCCGCGCUUCGGUUCCACUUCGGAAAUCGUGAGCCAGGUGUGCCCCGGCCCCGGCGCGCCGCCCCCGCAGAUGUCGCGCGCCGGCUGGCUGCCCGCGGCCGCUCCCGCCGCCUCCACGGCCGCCCCCAGCGGCGCCGCCUCCCCGCACGACGCCGCCCCCGGGGCCGCCCCCGCGCCGCUGCCGCAGCCCGGCAGGAGGGCGGGGGUGCUUCUGACGGGCACGAGCAGGCCGCUGCAGCAUCCCGCCCACGCCUACCAGCCCGCGAUGCCGGUGCUGCGAGAGGAGGAGCUGGCCUGCUGCUACCGCCCCCGCGGGGGCUCGCAGCUGCUGUACGCCAGCACGGGCGACCUCUACCAGGCGCUGCCGCCCCCGCCGCACCACCACCACCACCCGCACGCGGUGCCACCCCCGCACCCGCACCACGUGCUGGUGCAGCAGCCGGGCGCCGUCUACCGCCCCCACCGCGCGCCCGCCGGCGGCCCGCCUCCGGCGCCGCCGCCCCCGCCGCUGGUGCAGAUGCGCCUGCUGUCGCCGGGGUCCGGCGCCGGCACGCCGCCCCCGCAGCAGCCGCUGCUGCCCCCGGCCUACGACCAGCCGCCGCCCCCGGACUACUACGCCGCCCCCGGGCAGCAGCAGCAGCGGCUCGUCAGGACGGUCCGGCUGCCCUACUCGCCGCAGCUGCAGGUGCACCUGACGGCGGGCCGGGCCGGCGCGGGGGCGGGGGCAGCGGGGGCGGGCCGCAGCGACUCCCCGCAGCUGCACGUGCAGAGGGGCAGCCCCACCGGCGCGCAGCUCGGCGUCGGCGUCGGGCUGGGGGUGGGCGUCGCGCCGCCGCCCUACAUGGUGGCCACGCGGGGCACGCAGACGCUGCCGCCUCCCAGGUUCACGCCCCCUCCACCGGUGCACACCACACCGGCUUCAGUGCCGAAUCAGCAGCAGCAGCAGCCGCAGCCGCAACAACCGGCGGCAGUUCGCGCCUGUGUCGCGGGCUCCUCGUCUUCGUCGUGUGCGUCGUCACCCACGCGGCCGCCGGCCAAGCAGGAGAGGGGGGUUCCCGAGGGAUGCGCUGCCCAGCUCCCGCAGGACGCCCUGCCGCCACAGCAGCAGCAGCAAAUAAGUGAUUCUGUUACUGUCUGA